UCCAUCUGCAUCGUGGUGUAGAGAAGAUUAGAAAAAUAUUUUAUAAAAUGUCGUUUUCUUUAAAUUUUAUUCAAUUUUGUUUCUUUGAACUGCUGAUGUUUGUUACUAUAAAUUGUUAUAUAGACGAAAACUGCGAAACUAUACCAACUGAAAUCCAUGUAACAAAAGAGGAAUAUGAUGAAAUGGGAAGCUUAGUAAGAUCUUGCAGUGGUGAAGUUAGCGUUAACAAAUGCGAAGGAAUAUGUAAUAGCCAAGUGCAACCGUCGGUUGUUACAGCGACGGGCUUUCUAAAGGAAUGUUUCUGCUGUAAAGAAAACUAUCUCAGGGAAAGAUUAGUAACACUCACUCAUUGCUACGAUGCAGAUGGAUUGAGACUUGAAGAUGAAGAUCGCGCUAUCAUGGAAGUUCGUCUGAGGGAGCCUGCUGAAUGUAAAUGUUACAAAUGCGGAGAUUAUAGCCGAUAAAACGUGUAAAAAUAUUAUUAAAAAAUGAUUUAAUGCUUAUACAAUGUUAUAUGUGGUAAUGUUAUGCAUGUCGAACGUGUUAAAAGGAAAUAUUGUAAAUACUAAUUUUAUUUGGUCAAGGAUUUAAAUUAAUUAUAAUAAUAAAAAAGAAAGCGAAUCAAAA